GGACGGCCGCAAGCAGGAAGUCCUCACAUUUAGCAAACACACCGUGGAUGUAUAAUAAUAACGGGAGGCACUAAUCAAUGAGAAGAUAGAAUCCUAAUCUUACGUUUUUAAGAGGUAAUAAGAUGGAUAACAUGGUGACAGACAACAGGGGUGAACCACAGACGGACUUAAUCUACUGUUGUGGAGCCAUCACAGAGGUUCUUAAAUUUGGCUCCUGUCAGUUACACUCUGGACACAAGGUGCUUUUUCUUAUCAUUCCAGGUAACCCAGGUGUAGUGGGCUUCUAUAGAACCUUCAUGCAAACACUUCACAGUAUGUUUGAAUACCGCCAUCCAGUGUGGGCUGUAAGUCAUGCUGGCCACUGUGUACCACCAGACUCCAUGGAUAUGGUAGAAGAUGCCUUCUCAGCAGCAGAAGGUGACGUGUUUGGCCUGAACGGCCAGAUUGAACACAAGCUGUCCUUCCUCAGGCAACAUGUUCCCAGAGGAACCAGCCUGGUCCUGGUGGGACACUCCAUCGGCUGCUACAUUAUUCUCAACAUGAUGAAGAGAAAUCCUGAACUCAAGAUUAUAAAGGCCAUUGCGUUGUUUCCCACCAUUGAGCGCAUGGCUCAGACUCCUCAGGGGAAGGUCAUGACCCCUGUGCUGUGUCACAUGCGUUAUGUGGCCUACCUGCCUCUCUUCCUGCUCUCUCUGCUGCCGGAGGAACUUAAAGCCAGCCUGAUCAAGCUAGUGUUUGGUGGCAUCCGCUCUCUGGACCACACUGUAGUCCAACCUACUGUAGGUCUACUCAGCGGAGACUGUGCAGCCAAUGCUAUGUACAUGGGGGGUCAGGAAAUGAGGAAUGUUCUGGAAAGAGACAACAUAACUAUCAAGAAAAACCUUCAAAAGCUCAUAUUUUAUUAUGGAGCUACAGACCACUGGUGCCCUGUUGAAUAUUAUUACGACAUCAAGCGGGAUUUCCCACAUGGAAAUUUCAGACUGUGUGAAAAAGGAUUCCGCCACGCUUUCGUCCUGGAUGCAGGAAGAGAAGUUGCCAAAAUGGUGUUUGAAUGGAUCAGUGGAGAUUUGGGGACGAGUUCAAUCUUUGCUUUCCAGACCAGGAGUUUAUUUUUAUCAGCAGAGAUUGUGAAACUAAAUUGAGAAUGCAAGCUCAAUGCUCAAGAAAUAUAAAAAAUUAUUUAAAUAUUU